AUGGCUUCCUCCGUUGCUUUACCGGCGUUGAGCUGCCGGAGUUCAGGAGAACCGAUGAAGGAGCUUCGCGUUUGUACGAAUCGCACCUGCCGGAAACAAGGCUCCUUCCAGAUUCUCGAGACGUUAACGGCUCUCGCACCUCCCGAUCUCCGAGUCAGUCCAACCGGUUGCCUCGGCCGAUGCGGCUCCGGUCCAAACCUCGUCGCUCUCCCUCAAGGCCUCCUUCUCCGUCACUGCGCCACUUCUUCUCGAGCUGCUGAAAUCAUGUCCAGUCUCUGUGGCGACGGCCGGGAAGCUUCUUCUUCCUCCGCCGUCACCGACGCUCUCGCCGCUUUAGCGCUCAGUAACAAUGCUCUUUCCCAAAUCGAAGCUGGAAACUUCCCAGAGGCAGAAGAAAUUCUCACACAGGCUUUAGAGCUGAAACCUUACGGUGGCUUGCAUAGAAUCUUCAAACACAGAUCAGUAGCAAAAUUGGGAAUGGUUGAUUACAACGGGGCUCUUGAAGAUAUAAGCCGAGCUCUGGCAUUAGCUCCCAAUUACUCCGAGGCCUACAUUUGCCAAGGUGAUCUCUACGUAGCAAAAGGUCAAUAUGAUCUUGCUGAGAAGUCAUACUUGAAAUGUCUGGAUAUUGAUCCGUCUCUUCGCAGAUCGAAAUCAUUCAAGGCCCGGAUUGAAAAUCUGCAAAAGAAAGCUGUUGAAGUAGAUGUGACAUAG